UGUCGUACUUUCUGAGCUGUCUUGUCAUUUGAUUGAUUGAAUUUUAUUUGUGCAAAUUGUUGAAAAAUAUGAAUUAAAAGAAAAAAUAAUGGCUACAGUAUUUAAAACUGGUUUCUCAGUUGUUAGAAAUAUCUUUUUAUCAACUUCUCUACGGGCUAUUUCUACAUCUAGGCCACUUAAUUUGAAAGAAAUUCGUCAGAAAGUUGAAGGUGGAAAUUUGGUUGUACAAGGUGUAACUGUUGCUUCGCCAAGAACUGAGCUAUUAGUACGGGCUGAGAAGCUGAAUCCACCUCCUGAGCCUCUUCAGAAGGCGGAGUCAACUCCAUGCUACUUGUGUGCUCUAGGGCUUGACGUGAAACAUACUGAUGUGCUGAUUCUCAGUCAGUUUGUGAGGUCCGACGGGUGUAUGUUGCCACGCCGAAUUACAGGCUUGUGUCGUCGGCAACAGAAAAAGAUUGGAAAGAUGGUAACAAUGGCACAGAAAGCAGGUCUAAUGAUAAAUCUUACACCGGCAUAUUGUAGAAAGGAUCCAAAGAAAAGACGUGAUUACAAGAAAUUCAAUACAUACUUUGAUGAGGCAACAAUAUUUUGGUGGCGUAUACCGAAAUCUACCGAUCGUUUCAAACGAUAGCUAUAAUUAUGUACAGUUAGUUUUAGCAUCAAAAUAAUAAACUUAUUUAAGAAUA